AUGGCCCGCCAACGCCAGACCCAGCGAGGAACCACGCUGCUCCGCCGAGCGCCGACCGGCAAGGAGCCCUAUGAGAAGGCGAUCCAGAACCUCCGCGCCGCCGCGGCCUUUGUGCCACAGCCGUGGCACACGUUUGAGCUGCCGCGCCACCGCGAACCGCUCGUACAUGUCGACACGAUGGACGAGUGGCUCGGCUGGCCGCUCGGCAAGGCCCAGGCGCUCGAGGUCAUGGAUGCAUACACGGCGACGCCAGGUUUCGCGGUCGUGCCGGCGGAGCGCCUCACGAUCACGAGCGCCGACUAA